AAAUUAUAGAGACCUAAAGCAGGAGAUGUAUUCACUCCAGAACGACAAGAAAGCAACAGAGAGGAAGCUAGAAUCUUUGAAUAUUAAAAUGUCAGAGUUGAACUCUUCCCUGCAGAGAACUAGGGAGGAAUUGUCGAAAGAGACCCAAGAUAGACGAGCCAAAGAAUCUAAAAUAUCGCAGCUCGAGUCUGAGCUUCAGAGAACCAAAGUGACAAUAAAAGAAGCGACAUCGAAUUCUGACAAAUCUCGAUCAAAUCUGCAACAUGAAAACACGAUCCUUAAGAGGGAGAGAGGGGAGGCGGCGGAGAAAAACAUCCUGCUGGGAUCUGAAGUCAGAACGCUGAAAGAAAAGCUUCAGGGAGCUCAAAGAGAAGCUGAACAGAAGCAAAGAGAAAACUCUAAUCUGCAGCUGAAGGCCGAGGAGAUGGAGGAUCAACUUGAGAAGUGCAAGAAAAUGUUAGAGGAGUUAAAAAACAAACUAGACCUUCAGAAAGAGGGCUACGAGAGGCAGCUGAUGCUGGUGCAGACGGAAAUAGAGAAAAAGCUUGUUUUACUGCAAUCUGAAAUCUUGAAUGAAAGUGGCAAUUCAAAUCAGCAAUUGCACAGUGCAGGAGUGGCAGACCUGGUGAACAAGUAUUUCAAACAAGACAUCACACAGAUAACAGUUCAUCAAACCACAGCUGAAACAAAACAACAGACAGACCGACAGCUGCAGAUCAAAAUGGACAAACUGGAGCAAGACAGAACAAAGCUUGAGCUUGAGCUCUCAAAGGCAAAAUCGCAAAUCGCCCAACUUGAGGAAGACAAGCUGAAACUUAGCUCAAAAACAAGCACUCAGCAGCGCAAUGAGCAGUCAAACGAGUCGGCUAAGAUGCAACAGCUUUUGGCAGAAAGUGAGCGGAAACUGACGAUGAAGGACAGGGAGGCAAAAUCUCUUCAGGGGCAAAUCGAUUUGUAUGUCAAAGAGAUUAAAAGUCUGAAGGAAACGCUUUCAACGCUCGGGGUCAAGAUGAAGGCUGAGAACCAGAUGAUGAACUAUGGGAAAGACAACGAGGCUGCUUUGUUGAAGAUGGGACAAGCAGCGAUGCAGACAGCAGUUCCCUUAUAUCGAUGUCCAAAAUGCAACUGGGAGGACGAGGAUCUCAAAAUGAAAGUUUUCUCACAGAUAUCAACAAAGGAGAGAGAAAACCCUCUAGAAGUGCAGAAACAAGUCACACAAGACAAAAUGGAAGUGAUUCAUUCAAGCCUUCCUGAUUCACCAACAAAGAAAGUUUUGAAUAGCUCUAGUAAUCAAACGUCCACUGUGCUCCAAAAGGAAACGCAGAAUGUCACCAGUACGAGCCAGACCAAAUCCGAAGAGCCCACUGCUGUAGCGACCCAGGGAUAUUUGGCUCUGUGUGGGCUGACAGACAAACAGGCGACUAAAAUACACAGAGUCAUCCGGACGACGACGUAUCAGAUCAACGAAACAUGUGACGGUGUUAGCACGUCAGAGAAGAAAGCAGACAGGGAAGACAAACUGAGUGCGGUGUAUUCAACUUCUCAAAAGUUCUCGGAAACCAAAGGCAACACAAAUAUUGAAAGCUUAAUCAAAUUUAAGUUCUUGGAUCAAGAGAUUUUGCGGAAGUUUGAGAUGGGCCUCAUCACAAUGGAAGAGGUGCAGGCCUCACUCGCUCAGUACACUGGCAAACCAACUACGAUUGCUGGGGUUUAUGUGGAGUCCAGUAAAAAGAAGAUAUCCUUCCAGGAAGCUGCUGAGAAAGGCUUCUUAGCUAACACAUACGCUCUUGAGUUUCUCGAGGCCCAGGCUGUGUCGGGAAGCCUGACGGAUCUGGCCACGGGACAAACGCACUCGGUAGAGGAGGCCCUGGAGAGAGGUAUCAUAGAAAAAGGCUUGAAAGAUAAACUAAUGGAGGCAGAGAAAGCGGUUAGCGGGUACGCUUAUGCUGGCCGAAAGCUGUCCGUGUUUCAAGCUAUGGAGAGCAAAAUUCUGGAUAGAUUCAAAGCCAAGAAGAUCCUUGAAGUCCAGGUAGCAACUGGAGGAUUAAUCAACCCAGAGACCGGCGUCAGGGUGCCGGCUUGCAUUGCUGUUGACCAGGGUCUUUUGAACGAAGAGUUUCUACAGGGUCUAUAUGAUCCAACCAGUAACCCCAAAGGUUUCCACAACCCUGACACUGGACAGAAAGCAUACUACGCAGAAAUACUGAAGACCUGUCUUUUUGAUGUAGACGGCGGUGUGUUUCUCUUCCCAUUUGGUCAGAGACAUCUAACAAUCAACUCGCCCACAAGUUGCCAUAGAGCUUCUGUUGUCAUCAGCACUUCUGGCAAUGAAAUGUCAGCUUACGAAGCUUACAAAGCGGGACACAUUGACAAGAGGAUCUACCAUUUUCUGUCACAGCAGGAAAGUGAGUGGAAGGAAAAGUCAACGGUCGACACCAACGGAAGCCCACGUCACCUCAUAGCUGAUGUCAGAAGUGGCCGACAACUUUGUCUAGAGUCCGCAGUAAGUCAGAGGUACCUCGAAGCAUCUGAGCUCGAGAGCUACCGCAGCGGGCUUCUCAGUAUCUACGAGAUCGCAGACAUCAUAUAUUCAAGGAUGGUCGUUGUGGAAGAUGUAAACAGCCCAAUUGCUGGUCUUUGGGACGUCAAUCAGAGGAAGAGGAUAUCAAUACUUCAGGGUUUUCAGCAGGGUUUUACCGAUAGAAACACAGCGCUACGCCUGUUGGAGGCCCAGGCCUGCACUGGAGGAAUCUGCGACCCCGCUUCUGGGGAGAAGGUUCCUCUCUCGGAUGCUCUCAGCAGAGGUUUAUUAGACGAGGGAUUGAGCCAGCAGCUCCAACAGUUUGAGCAGGCGUACAAUGGCAUCAUCCAUCCCAAGACUUCAAAGGCCGUGUCCAUUUCCAAGGCCGUUCAGGAAAAUCUCUUCCCAAAGGAUGCCGGUUUCCGCUGCAUUGAAUUCCAGCUUCUGACUGGAGGAUUGAUAAACCCGGACACUCAUGACAGAGUCUCACUUGAGGAGGUCAUCCAGAGCGGCCUGAUUGACAAAGCCACUGCCGCUGUACUCAAAGAUGAGAAAUUCCUCAGCAAAAGCCUCACCUGUCCAAAGACCAAGAGAAGAAUCGCAUUCAGGGAGGCGCUCGAGAGAAGCGUGUUCGACUGCCACACGGGGUUAAGGUUACUUGAGGCCAUAAAGAUUCAUGGUUUUGGAGCCAAAUCGACAUUUCAUCAUAUUUGGGCAUAUAAGCAAUAAGCAGUUGUAGAUAUUUGCUUGUACAUAGCAAAAACUAAAAAAAAAAAAAAAA